GUCUCAUGCUCUCAGUCGACCGAUACCUUCGUUGUGAAAAAGACGUAAAAUACAAAAUAUUGAAAGUUCAUCUAGUGAUUUAUAAUUGUGUUAUAUAUUUUCAAAAAACUUUUUAACAGUUAAAUUAUGGCAACACUUCCUCCAACCUUUGUCAAGGGUUUCCACAAUGAAGAACUCUGCCAGCGUAUGAAAUAUUAUCCUUUCGGCAAAACCGGCUUAAAAGUAUCCAAAGUGGCGUUAGGCACGGGCACUUUAAGUGAUUUUUAUGGUGAACUUGAUUUAGAUGAAGCGAUCAAAACCAUACAUAAAGCUGUCAAGUCCGGUAUUAAUUAUAUUGAUACAGCACCGUAUUAUGGGCAGGGACGUUCGGAGGAGGUGUUGGGUAUGGGUUUAAGAGACAUACCGAGGGAGGCAUAUUACAUUGCUACGAAAGUUGGACGGUAUGAGAAGGAUUUAACAAAGAUGUUUGAUUUUUCCGCGAAAAAGACACGGGAGAGCGUAGAGAAGAGCUUGCAGUUACUUGGUCUUGACUAUGUGGACAUUAUACAGAUACAUGACAUCGAAUUCGCUAAAGAUCUUGACAUUGUAAUAAAUGAAUGUCUGCCCGAAUUGAAGAAAAUCGUAAAAGAAGGAAAAGCAAAAUUUAUAGGAGUGACCGGAUAUCCGUUAUCAUGUUUGAAAGAGUGCAUUGAGCAGGCACCUGGUAGUUUUCAGACCGUAUUAAGUUAUGCACGUUAUACACUACUGGACGACUCCCUGCAAUCAUAUAUGGACUUUUUUCAACAACAAAAUUUGGGCAUUGUGUGCGCUUCCGGUCAUGCACUUGGCCUUCUAACCAACGACGGGCCCCAACCAUGGCAUCCAGCCGGUGAGGAAAUAAAAGAGAUAUGCCGGAAGGCGUCCAAUAUUUGCAAGGAGGCUAACGUUGAACUCGGCAAGUUGGCCAUGUACUACUUUAUGCAGUUAGAUGGCGCAAGCACUUUCCUAACCGGUAUGCAAACACGCACACUAUUGGAUAUCAAUCUGGAUGCAUACUACAAUGGACUGUCGAAGAAGGAGCAGGAAGUGUUACAACUAUUACAAGAAACCGUUUUCACAAAAUCUAUCAACUGGGAAGGCAACGAAUUGGAAACUUAUUGGACUGCUAUGAAGAAGAAGUAAUGAUUAAGACUACAACACAAGAAAGUAAAACAACAAAUAUUAAUAAUUUAGUAUGAAGACAAAAGUGUGUUAACUAAAUACAUGGAUAAGUGACGAGUGUUGCCACCUUAAAUAAACUAAGUUAUUUUACUGAAAUAAUCCGAAUUCACUUGUAAAAUGUAGCUAAGAUCUUUUCUUUGUCCAUAUUUGAAAAUAAAUAUAAAUUUUUA